UGAUUUGAGAAAAAACAAAAGAAGAAAUGUAGAAAAGAAAUGCUCAAAAGGAAAAGUUAGCGAGUGGUUUGAAUUUUAAGUAUCUAAACCGAUUGCAAAUUGUAAUAAAUUAAAAGUUCACCAAUUGCGCCAUUUAAUGAGUCAAAAUAUUUCUCUGAAAUUCUCUUGUAAUGGUUGCAUAAUUAAUUCUCUUCUGUCUGUUUGCCUGUUUUGGUGCAAUCCUUAUCAGUUAUCAUCAAAAUUUGUUUGAUUUUUAAAUCAAUCAAACCCUGUAACCUCUUGAAUAUUAAAAUUUUUCGAUAUUUCACUCUGCUAAAGUUACCUCGCAUCAUGUUCAUUUUUUUUUCAAAUCAAUAAUACGAAGUUGGUCUAUAGCAUGUUGCAUUUUUAAUAAGAUUGAAUGUUUAGAAUCCUUAUGAUUACAUUGUUUAAAUAGUAAUAAGUUUGUCACCGUUCUUUAAAAAUGGGUGUUUGCUCAUCAUGUUUCGGGGAUGAUUCAAAUAAUUCAGAUCCUACUCCAGACCCUGAAGUGAGAAGACAGCAACAGUUGGAAGCAGUAGAGAAAAGGCUUCGCGAGCAAGAAAAUCGGGGAAUUAAAAAUCCAGAUAAAGUUCGUCGAAUGCAGGAGAAGGCCAAAGAGAAAGAUCGUUUACAAGACGAAGCUGCAACACGUUAUGAUGGCAGUGGUGGUUUGAAAUGGCAAGUGAGUUGAAACAUUCCAGUGAACGUCCAACUUUAAUCAGUGAUAAUGGAGUAUUUCCUAAUCGAAUACUCCUGUACUCUUAUUAUCUUGUUAUAAAUGAUGCACCGGUGUAUAAAUGCAAAAAUUUCAAGUACUUUGAAUUUGAGAUUUGAAAAAUUCAAUUAAUGUAACGAGUGCAUUAUAAUACAUAAUGUUUUUAUUAUAAAAAUUCAACAAACUGGAAUAUAAUUACAAAUACUGGAGGUUGAAAACUUGCAUCACAAUUGAAAAUAUUUACCAUUUUUCACGAUAUAAAUUUAUACUUGCGUUGUUUCUCGUCAUUUUACAAAUUUAUUUUUAAUGUUUGUUUGUUAAUUUUAAAUAUACUUCAUUUUUUUGAA